AUGGCUCGCGCAGGUUUCAACAAGAAUAAUUCAGCCGUCAAGCGUAUCAUGCAGGAGGCACGAGAACUGGCCAACGAUCCGUGCACGGAUUAUUCUGCUGCACCUCUGGAGGAUGAUAUCUUCGAGUGGCACUGUACCCUGCGUGGUCCGCCAGGGACCGAGUUUGAAGGUGGCUUGUAUCACUUUCGCAUACUCCUUCCAACAGAAUACCCCUUCCGCCCGCCGUCCAUCAUGAUGCUGACCCCGAACGGUCGCUUUGAGCUGAAUACUAAGAUAUGCAUCAGUUUCACAAGUUAUCACGAAGAGCUGUGGCAGCCAGCCUGGGGUGUUCGCACAGCAAUUAUUGGGCUUCAAGGCUUUUUUCCGCUCAAGGGUACAGCUGCCGUUGGUGUCGGUGCCCUUGAAUACCCAGCUUCCGAGCGCAGGCGGUUGGCGGCCCUCUCAAGGGACUGGGUUUGCCCGACAUGCAAGCAGCCAAAUCAUCAGUCCCUCCCCGAUCCCGCUACCACGGGAUCAUCAUGUUCUUCCGAUAUUCAUCCCUCCGAGACACCGGCUACUGUCUCGGACGUCACGCUUACUACAGAAGACGUCCCUCUCACGCCUACAUCUCCAGAUAGUUCUGCUUCUGUCGCAGUCUCUCCAGUUCCUAUCCUAGCACCCACCCCCACACGCCCCAUAAUCCCAGUCAACGUCAUUGUAUCUCCCAAGCCCUCUACCUCGCAGCAGGUGAAAGGGUCUCUCCAGACCGAGGUUCAACGGCUCGGACAGGGUCAAACGCCGCAGGACCCUGCGCUUGCCGUUGCGAUGAGCUACCCACGUCGUCCGCCUGUCCUGCUGGAUUUGGCCAUCUGCGUGUUGCUCGUCUUGGUGUUUGCUCUGAUUAUCAGGAGGAUCUUCUGA